AUGGCCGAGGAGUGGGGCGACUGGCCGAUCGACGACGACAACACGCAGCUGGUGGACCUCCACCCGUUCUGGGACCUCGAGCGUCAGCACCAGCGCUGCCAAGCCGCCUACCGCCAGCUUAUCGAUGCGUCGUUCUGCACCUCUGGUCGAUGCCCUCACCCGGACGUGCGCCUUGGCAACGUCUUGCUACCAUGGCCGCUCACACCAACGGACGUCGCCAGUCUCGUCCAGGAGUACUCGGCAGGCUGUAUUCCGCCUUCCCUCUGCGCUCUUGACCCUGCUUGGUCGAGUCGUCUUCACACGCAGGUCCAAGCCUUUCUCGGUCGCGGUGGAGUGCACAACUGUGCGCUGCAACUGCGCUGCAUCUGGCUCGGCGGCGCGACGCUGCUACCAGCCACAGGCUUUGCCGCUGUCUACGUCCUCCUCACACCCGAGCGCGACGUGUGGCAGCUCCGCUACAAGAGCAUUCGCACAACCCACUACAUGGCUUCGACGUGCACUGGCGCCGUGCCAUGGCUCUGCAUGUACGGCCACGAGCGCCCUACCUUUGACGAUGACGCAGCGCGCGUUCUCUUGGUGUUUGACGUCACGUCCUGCGGCGCGAUCCCGACGCUCCCAGCGUCGCUCAAGGCAGCCAUCAAAAAGUUCAAGAUCGUCGGAAAGGACAUCCUCGCACCUUGCGGCCGCUUCGUGUACGGCUGCCAGCCAGGCGUGUCACUGGACGACCCAACGAGUCUGUCGUGUGUCGACCGUGAUUUCUUUGCCGCGCUGACGAAAGCCACGGGGCUGGAGAUUCUCCUCGCCCGCUUCGCUCCGUCGGCGGAUCGAACGCAGCUGGUUGUCGAGGCCGUUGUGCCACUGCCCAAGUACCACCCGGCGCCUUGCUUCCGCGACGCUCUUGUCGGCCUUUCCGUGCAAACGUGGUUUGGCGCUCGCCCUAAGAGCAACCUCCAGAACGUCCAUGCACUCAUCUACCCGCGUUCGACAGCACUGCGCCUCCUCGGCUUCGAGACGACCAUGGACUUGCUCGCUCGCGGCAAGCCGAGCUUGAGUCCGCUCCUCUCUUGCUGCAGCAGCAUCGACGACGUGAUGAGCAAGACCAUGAUGGCUCUUUGCGCCGGACGCUGCCCACGACAGUGCCAGCAACGCCGCGUCACGGCAAGCGCGUUUCUGCGACCACAAGCCUUUGUGAAGAAGAUCGUCCGCAUCAGCCAUAGCGAGGUGGCGUCGGCCGUCGCCGCCGUCAUUGCGUACUAUGGCUGGUCGCCUCUCGAGCCAGCAAUUCUUGCCAUGGUCCGUCGCACCGGGAGCUUGCACCGAACGUGCUUUCUUCCGACACUCGAGAUGCUUUUAGCUAUGUACGGGAUCACUUGCAGCAGCAACAUCCUCGUGCUCCGACCAACGAGAUUAAGCAGCCCGAUCGAAGCGAUCAUGGAGGGCCUCUGGCCCCUGCGCUGCGACUCCUCCGAGCGCUUGGAUCACGUCCAGAUCCUCUCGGCCGUCUUGCGCUUGGAAGCGUUCUUUGCGCGACCAUCGGUGGCGCCCCGGUUCGCCGGCUGCUUGGCGACGCUCGUCCCAGCGCAGGUUGAGCAGCACAUCUGGACGUUUGUCCGUCGACCCACGACGCUCUUGCUCGUGGUUCAGACCAGUCGCAUCUACAGCUCGGUCGACGUGCUGGCGUCGGCGCUGUGGCCGCUGGAGGAGCACCCGCCAAUGACGCGCCAGCUACUCCUCACAGCCAUCGAUGCGCUGGACUCGGACGCCAUGAUCCACAACGUCGAGAAUCUCGGCGAAUUCCUCAAGCUUAUGGCGCAGUACGCCCUUUUGCCCAAGCUCUCGCUGCAGGCGUGGCGUCAUCUCGGCCUCAGCGUCAUUCCAGCGCUCUGCGUCGUGGCCACCACGACAUCGACGGCAGACACCGCGCUGCUCUCGAAAGCCAUGCACGCUCUCUACGUCACCUGCCUGAGCGACAGCUAUGACCCCGCUCUCCACGAGCACAAUGCGAAAAGCGCGUCCUCCAAGCGGCGCCGCGACGACGGCGACAUACCCCAGCACCUCCUGCUGGAUGUGGUGAGCUUCUUCAGCGCGCACGAUCCCGUGGCGCUUUAUGCGUUCACGCAGUGGCUCGCAGCAACCGAUCGACGGACGUUGCAGAUCCUUGCGGCAGUGACGAUGGCACUGGGCGAGCUGGGCCACCGAGAUGCGGCGGCGCCCUUGGCCCACGCCGCUUUAGAACUGUGCAACUGCGGCUUCUGCGGUGGCCCGUCUUGUGCGUCGGGCUUCCUCCGUGAGCGCGUGACGCGUCGUCGCAAAUAGGUUGCCCCAAGAACAACGAGUCUCGAUAUCCCCAGUUCUGGUCGACAGAGCCCCAACUAGUUUGCAGUACCUUGAGCUUGACGGCGAAGUGGAAGUAACCACCGAUGCAUUUAUUUCCCA